UGGUUUUUCAGACGGCAACAAUGAUGGCGGACUGUGGGAAAGAAGCACGGGUAGUGGUAAAGUGGUAUUGAAGUAGUAAAUGAGUAGUAUUCAUUUCGCAUAGUCCUCGUACGGGUGUUUUCAAUUAAUUUCGCCAUUAAAAUUCCCAACGUGUGUCUCCCUACCCAUCCCCCUCCUCCACCCUCUGUCAUAAAAAUGACUCGAUAACGUGCGUGACUCCGAAUUACCGUGCAACCGUCUACAACAAUAAUAAAAUAAAAUAAAAUAAAUAAUAACAAGAGUAAUGGAAAUAGGGAAGUAAUAGGGUAGUGGAUAGACAACUGGCGAGACGAGGAACAGUGAGAUUGAUUGAAUAAUGGUCACGUCUCGAUAAUCACUGGUUUUCAUCAUCAAGAGUAAAAUUUAAUGAGGGGUGCAGAGGGUGGGGAUAUCAGGUUUGUUCACGAGGGGAGGCUGACACUGGUUACGACAGUGAAAUAAUCAGGGUUAAAGGGGGGUACGUAAGUUAAAAAAAAAAAGGAGCAAUAGGUUCACGAUGAGCGAGUGUGUUAACCCUGUAGACGAUCACUCGUCGACACUGACAACUACUACAACAAAUACGUCAGUGACAAAUUCAGAUACGGACAGAACAAAGUCAGCUAAGACGUCCUUGGGUAAUUGUUGUAAUGAUAAUAAUGAUUUAUUGAUGAAUAAAUCACCGAGAAGUGCCAGACACAAGUAUGUGACAAUCGAUGGUAAAAGAAUACGGAGUGCAUUGGCUGGAAGGGUCAGGAAGGAGGGUAGAAGAGUCUGUUUUCCGGACAACGACAAGGAUCUCGUCACUGGUUAUCUCGAGCCAGCCAAUCCUUGGGAGCAUGCUGAGGAUGUUACCCGGGAGAUAUUGCUAUCAUCAUACAAAGAAUCAUGUGAGCGUCAUUGCGCGGAACCUCUUAAAAAAGUCUUAGAUCAGCUCGAGGAGUUAGAUAUUUGUAACGGUCGGUGUGAUGACUUCAGCCUGAAGGACGAACUACUUGAGAAAAAACACUGCGAGCCACUCGAGGAGCUCUUCAAGAGGAUACAAUUUCGGAAAAUUGAUCUUGAACAUUCUGAUCUCACUGAUGAAAGCGCCGAGACAUUGUUCGAUAUGAUCGAGUAUUACGAAUCAGCAAAACACGUCAACAUCUCGAGCAAUGGUAAUAUAGGUACACGUGGAUGGCAGGCGUGUGGACAAAUGAUUAAAAAAACCCUGUGCCUAGAGCAGUUGGAUGCUAAGAGCAUUGUACUGACACAACAGCACAUGAAUAUUCUCAGGCGACCAUUGCAAUCAGUCUCUCACUUGCAAAUACUGAAAGUCGAGAAUUGUGGCCUUGCUGGCCGGGCUUUUGUUGUACUAGUUGCUGCCCUGAAAAUUAAUACAGGACUGAAGGAAUUGUACUUGGCCGAUAAUAAUCUUACGCAGAGCGAUGCUUUCCAAAUAGGCUCACUGCUCAAGGUCAAUAACUGCCUACAGCUGCUGGACAUCAGUAAUAAUAAUAUUACGGAUGAAGGCGUUCAUAAUAUUUUGGAUGGACUCAUUGCACAAUCGAAUGAUACUGCUACCACUAGAGGGCUUAAGAUACUUAUCCUGUGGAACAAUCAUCUGUCGAAAAUUUGCUCUGAUUACUUCGCUGCAACUAUUGCACAAUCGAAAAGCCUCGAGACACUCAAUAUUGGGCACAAUGGACUGAGUGACGAUUUUCUGGAUAUCUGCAAGGAAGCAUUGAAGCAUAACACAGUAUUACUUCAACUUGGGGUCCAGGCAACUGGGCUGGUUAACAAGGGGAUUAUGGCGCUGGCUGAGGUUGUCAGUAAGAAUGAGAGCCUCCAGAGGAUAGACCUCAGGGACAAUCACAUUCAGCUCACAGGCUUGACAUUCCUGUGCUUAGCGAUGAAGCGAAAUGUUACCAUUACGCAAAUUGAUCUGGAUGAGAAGACCUGGAGCAAAGCGCCAUCGAUGAUGGAAACCUACCUGGCCAUAGUUUCUGAAAUCCGGAGUUACUGCGCUCGUAACGACGAGCCCCGGUCGACAGACUCAAGUACAGAAGAAUCAGGUAGUCCCCAACACCGUAGUCGUCUGUCAAGCGUUAACUCACGUAAAAUAUCGCUGACAUGUCAGACACUGCCACGUUCAUCCACUGUAAUACCUGGUACUGGUGAUACAAACAUAAGAACAACAAUGCUCGAGCCAAAACGUACAACUGGUGGUCGUCUACGGUCCCCAGCACCAUCACCAAUACCAUCACCAGUUGCAAGCCCAAUACCAAGUCCCUCGCGAAGUCGUUUCGUAGUGUCACGUGUUUCCGAGGCAUCACUAAGCUCCACUAAUUCCUCAGCCUCAUCAUCACCGAUAACACCCCCAUCCUUAGCCUCAUCACCCACGUGUUUCUUUCCGACAACGAGUAGUGGCACCUCGUCGCGAUUUCGCGUUACAAUCGUUGAAUCAAAUGUACCACCGAGUCAGGGAGUUAAAAAUGUCGUGUCAGGUACAACAAAUGUAACAAUAGGAUUUAAUUAUCGAGUAGAUGUGGCCGAUAGAGUUGAUUCCGAUGACUCUGACAGUGUUUUCAAAUCGGAGGAGGAGGACUCGAGACGUGGAAGUGAAUCAAGCGUCGAGGCUGACUCUGAAGACAGAAUAACAACCCCGGAUUCUGGCACUGUCUUCGACGUUGACACCACCAUCACAACCUCCACUCGUCUCCCCAGCGUCUCGACAAAUCCCUCAACCUACGAAACACCAAAUGCCGAUGAUCUCGUGUCCAAUCAUAAUUUACCAAUCAUUGCCACGCCGGAUAAUGGCCAGGAGUUGAGUGUAAAUAAAACAUUAACCGAAGCAUUAGAGCCUCUGUCACACGUCAGAGCACCUGAUGAACCAAAGAUAACUGAUGUACCUAAACAAUCGAGCUUGGAGCGACUUCUCGGCCUCUUCCAGAACCCUGGAACCCUCUUCACAGGGGCGUUUGCCGACAAAGCUGAAGUGCCAAUGAAGAAUUCACUCCAGGGAAGUGUCAACAGCAUGAUGGCCCUGGGGGACAAGUUUCAUCAGUACCUGAAGGAUAGCACUCGUCAGCCUCUCCAGAGGUCCAUUUCUGAUGCCGCCAAAUCAGCAACACCGAAGACCGAUCCUGUCAAGUCCCUCAGUAUCGAUCAACUGCUGAGCGUUGAGUCGAUGAAUCAUUCUGUCAAGCAGGAGGAGUCUCUCGACGAAACUCAGGAUGUUGCGAGGAGGCUGUCAGGGGUACAGGAGGAUGACACUGAGCUCGAUAAUUCUAGAGUAGAUGCCCCUCCGGGGGAUGAUGCACAAACUUUUGGUGAUCAUACGAUCGAUUUAGGUGAUUGUGGGGGGAAUACUAGUGUACCUGCUGUGUACAAAUCGGAAUACUCGAUUAUGAUUGACGAUUGCGAUGGUGUGACUGAGGAUAAUGCGAGUGAUGGGCUCCAAACAAUAUGUGAUAAUGGUACGGAUGACAGUAUUAACAGUUGUAUAUUAAGAGACACUACCGUAUUUCCAAUCGUUGAAGGGAGCGAAACAGUUGCGGAUGAUGUACAUUAUUUAGGGGGUGAGGACGAUGAAUGCAAAGACAGUAGUGAUUAUGAGGUAAUUGAGGUGGGGGUGGUUGAUAAUUUACCGAUUAACGAUUGUUUUAAUGAUAAUUGUAAUGAUAAUGGCGAUGAAAAGUCGGUGGAGGAGAUCGUCGAGGAUAUAUUGGCGUCCAUUAUCGAUGAGGUACUCCUGGUGGUGAACGACAGCCGGUUUUUAGGGGAUUUUCACGCCGAUUCGACUGCUCCCACCGAUUGCCACGAUCGCAGUCGAAAUCCGGAGGUUUUGAGUACAAAUAUUGAGGAUAGGGGUUGUGAGGGGAAUAUUUUAUUGAAAGUAGCUAGUGUGCCGAUUCUUGCCAACGAUUUAAUCAACGACGAGAGCCAAAAUUUCGCAUCAAGAUCGACUUUCGUGGAGGAAUCGGAUAAUCCUCAGACAUCCAGGUCGCCUACCAAUUUGUUCAUCGACAAAUCGAGAAAUGUUCAUAGGAACAGCCAGGACUCGGGAAUUGAGGAGGUCAUUGUCUCCAUAUCGGAUGACAAUUUGGACAUAGCACCGCAGAUAAGGGAUAAUUUUCAGGAGAGUCUUGACUCGGGUAUUGAUUCCGAAUGCUCGUCGGUUUGCACGAGAGUCGAUAAUGUACAGGUGGUCAAGGAUUCUGAGGAAAAAUUUUACAACAUUCCAGAGAUCAAUGAUCAAGCCCAGAGCAUCGGUCAAAGUAUUACUAUGAAAACCAGCGUUUUUGUUAAUAAUGGUGAGCAACACGAGGAUAUUGCACAGACUGAUACGCAGAUGAUUGGUGACACUGAUGUGACGAUCAUUGGAGCUAAAUUAAGCAAUGAGGAACAGUUGGUCAGCAGUUGCACGAGUGUCGAGUGAGGAAGAGGAAGAGGAAGUCGCGGUGAUGGAUAACGAGGAGCGAGGGGAAACAACAAAGCCCAAGGAAAUACAACUGUGUAGGGGAUAUGAAUACCAAGUAACCGAGGAUUUGGAGGAGUUAGCGAGAGAACUC